AUGGAUAAAUUUUUAUUGAAAGCUAUUUCGGUCCUGUCUCUGAUCAACAUUAACUCCAGUUUUCGUUUAUUGAAUAUAAAUAAUAAUAACAAUUAUAAAAAUAAUUUUAAUGACAAUUAUUAUAACCUUGAAAAUUAUAAUAUUAAUGAGGACGACGAUGAAGACGUUGAUACUAGUUCAACGCAUGUGACACUUGUUAAGAAGUUUAUUACGGAAGAAUCGCUGACAGAAGCUGAGCGUGGCAGAGUGAUCGUGUUCAACGGCAGUCUCAGGCACGACCAACUUGAAAUCGGCCAUCUGAACGGCGGAGUGAGGUUGAUUGUACAUUCGGAAAAGAUACCAGCCACAAAGAUCAUCUUCAGCUCCAUCCUAUUUGACCAGCAGAUGGUACAGAUCGGAAGAAACCUGUACGAACCUUUCGACGAAAUUCAAUUCGUCAACUGCAACAUUAGCAGCCAUCACAUCUUCAUCCUUAGCGAACGCGUUGGAGGUGUGACUGUAGCUGGCGGGCGAUUAAAAAACUUUCGCGGCUUCGUUUUGGCGCCUAGAUCACCGCUUUUCAUUAACAUAACGAAUGUCAAGGUUGAUUUGAAUGUCUGGGGGUUUAAAUAUUUUGUGGUUAAUGCUAAGCACCCAUCACUAAGCAGGAGCCAGAAUGAUGUUCUUGAGGUCAGUGGAACGGAUUUGAGCAGUCUCACUGAACAAGAAGAUUUUAGCGAGGCCUUCAGAGAAUUCAGAUCGAUCCGGCUCAUCAACACUAGCACAAACUUAAAUAGUUUAACUGGAUUUCAACGGUUAGAAAUGCUAUCUCUGAAAUACAAUGACGUAAAUAAACUUCCUUCUGGUUUUUUAAGCGGUGCUGAAACAACACUUAUAGCGCUUAAUUUAGAAGGAAACCGGUUGAAAAAUCUCGGUGCGUUUGAUUUCAGUAGGUUCGAGAACUUUAACAGAUUAACAUAUUCCUAUUGCAAUAAAUCCUGGUGCUCAAUUCUGAAAUCCAAGAAGAGAUUGUUACCCAAAGUUCAAUGCACGGAAGUAGGAAAUACUCCAAAUUUCAACUGCAACUUGGCAAACUCAGAAGCAGACGCUGAAGAAACCACAAAUGAACCGGCCCAAAACCACUUCGUGUUGUUUAGUAAAGUUGCCAUAAUCUUCGCCUUCAUCAUUUCAUCACUGUUAAUUUUUUUACUCGUUCGUAUGUUUUGGUUCAAAAGCAGACGAUGA